UGAGCCGCAGGUCUACAUACAUACAAACAUACAUACAUACAACGGCGCCCGCCGGAGACCCGCGAGAGGCGAAAUGGGCACGCAGCAUGUGCUGGGCAAAUAACUUUUUCCCCCGUUCAAAUCUAAUUUGGGUGACUGAUUCGUGAAACUGCGCCGGCACCUUCACAUGGCAGAAAAACCAUGUCUGCCGUUGUUUUCUCUCGACUGACAUCGGACAAGCCUUGCUGGCGGGGUGCCGACGUCGAGCUCUUUGGGGGGGGGGGAUCCUGUCGACUUCUCCGUCCGACAUUGUUGCGAUUACCCCUACUGGGCGAAUGCCAUACCGCGGGGUGCCACGCGCCGUGGGCGGGAGUCGAGCGGGGCCUCCCUUUCUGGUCACCACCACCACAAAGGACGAGGCGGGCACCGGGCAGAUGUGCCCUCCGACCACCGCUGCCACCCGACUCGCGUGCCCAUUACCCCCAACCCCGGUUCGGAAGGUUCAGCGAGGCAACGCAGAUCGCCCACACACGGGCCAUACCGAGAGAGCCUCCUCCGUGUUCUGGAAGCCGGCGCGUCGACCGUCGAGCAUUCGGGCUAGUGCUGAGUCAUCGUCGACUCUGACGUCUUCAGCGUCAUCCGUGCGCAAGCUUUGAGGAACCGCCGCCGCAAAGGUUACUCUGCACCGGUGCCUAAAAGCAUUGGCAGGAAUUAGCACGAUGGGAGCGGUGUCCAGGGAGGGAGUACGCAAGCAGUUGUAGCCCUGGCAGCGUGCUUGGGCAAUGGUGUGCGCGUGCGCGUGCGCGUGCGUGUU